AAUGCUGCAUGUACUGGUUGUACUGUUGUUGGUGAGUUUAUCUCAAGGAAUGGUUCAUUUCCUUCUUCGACCAAACUGGAUCCGUCGGGUUCGUCUAGCGCUCACUCUCUUUGGACUCCCGUACACCGUCUGCACCUCCGGAGUUAGGUCUGCUAUCUCCUGCUCAUCUUAUCCUUUCAGCACCGGUCAAACCAUCAGACCAAUCACUUCCAGUUGCUAUAACCUCUAUAUGACCAGUGCCUGGACAAUGCCAUCAUCAUCAGCACCUCAUGUAAAGUCCAGAUGCCCCCAGUAUCCAGGAUCCAACAUCAAGCGCUUCCCAGUGCCUGAUGACAAGGUGGACUGGAGUCAGAACUGGCCGCAAUAUAAACCCGUCAGCUACACUGACCCUUCAGUUGCAAAGAAACCAGCAUGGGCGGAUCCUGAUAUUGGCUCUUUCUCUCCACAUUUCAACACUGUGGAUGGUGCUGUGGACAGGACAGGCUUUGAGGGCAGCUACAAAGUGGAAGAGGGAAAGCCACUAAAUCCUCAUGGACGUACAGGGCUGAAUGGCAGAGGUCUGCUGGGACGAUGGGGACCCAAUCAUGCAGCAGAUCCCAUUGUCACAAGAUGGAAAGUAGAUGCCAAAGGAGUGAAGAUACAGCACCCGGUCACCAAACGGCCUAUCCUGCAGUUUGUGUCCAUCAAGAGGAAAGACUGUGGGGAGUGGGCCAUUCCUGGGGGGAUGGUAGAUCCUGGUGAGCAAGUCUCUCUCACGCUGCAGCGGGAGUUCUCAGAAGAGGCAUUGAACUCCCUUUCACUGUCACCAUCGCAGAAAGCAAAGAUCCAUGAGCGCAUUACCAAACUCUUCAAAUCACCAGGGUUGCAGGUCUAUAAAGGCUAUGUGGAUGAUCCUAGAAAUACUGACAAUGCUUGGAUGGAGACAGUUGCAGUCAACUUCCAUGAUGACUCAGGCGACAGUGUGAGUGAGCUGCCGCUGCAAGCUGGUGAUGACGCAGGACAAGUCCAAUGGGUUGAUGUUGACUCGUCUUUCACCCUCUAUGCGAGUCAUUCCCGUUUCCUGGAGCUGGUUGCCAAAGAGAGGAAAGCUCACUGGUAACCAAGGAUGAAGGACUGUUCUGAUACGAUGAUGAAGGAAACAUUAAGAGCAUUAUUGCUCUCUGUUCGCUUAGAGUGCCUGUGUAUUUAGGAUGCAUGACACCCAACCUUAUGUACCUCACUAAUUUAAGCAUUAUCAGCACAGCUAAAAUAGUGAAAGCCUAAUAUGCAUCUCAUUAGUUUGACACCCGCAUAUGUAUGUCCAGUAUAUAAUGCACAGCAACAUUGUGGCUAUGCAGUUUUAAGACUAAUAUAGAACUUAUGAAAUGAACAGAACUAGCAGGUUGAAAGCUUGGCUGCUAAAAGGACAUGCAAAUUUAAAAAGGUGUGAAAUUGAACUUUUCCAACUGUGUUCAAGCUGCUGUCCGACUUUUGUAAUAGAACAGAAAAGAGAAGAGGAACUGUACAUGCUCAUAAAAAAGAGACUGAGACAUGAGACAGUAAAAAGCAAGAUGCCGCUCAGUGGCACCCUUCACCAAAAGACAUGGCUAACCACAUUAUUUCUAUUGGCACAAAUUAUGUAAAUUUAUUCAAUAUUAACAAGGAUCGCAUUAACCCAGUGAGAUCGUGUAAGAACAAACACAAUGAGCUGCUGAACAUAACACAUACCACAUGAAUGUAAGUGUGAUAAUCAGAAUGAAAAAGUGUAGACUGACUUUGAUCUCUACGUGUGAAUAGAAUAUGAAGAUGUGCUGGAGCUCCUCACAGCCCAGCAGUGCACUGAUGCUCGCCACAGACGGGCUGAAGCUUAGAGGACAAACAUGUUUUCAAGUGCUAACAGACGGUGGAAGCAAAGGCCAUUUCACAUUCAACAGCUUGGCCUUUCCAAACGUUCACAUCAGUAUGUGUCAUCUCACUGGUGGGCAUACUUUGCAAUGAGGCAGGGAGUGAGAAUUGCGCAUUAAACGGUUUGUAUGUGUUAGGAUUACUAAUGCAAAUGCUUCUAUCAUUGAAAGGUAGUCAGCAACAGACAGCCGAACUCAAAUUAGUUUCUUAAUGAGAGAUAGCAGCAUAAUAUUAUGCUUCUAGCAGUAAAACAUGUUUGUCUUCGGGCUGAAUGAACAGAUUUCAGAAGAUGUGAUGUAAAUGUUUUACAUGCUGUAACUCUAUUGAGGAUGGCCCUUUACUCUCAUCACUGAUCAGGUCCUAACAUUUGUCUGUAUGACAUGAUAUUCAACCUUUUUAAACCUCACAGGAUAUAUUUAUAUAGUACAAUCUAUAAAUUCUCCACAUCCAUACAGAUUCUCAUCUCAUUCAGCUCUGUUAGACUCCCAGUGCACCUAGGGCACUUACUCCACUGGAGCCUUUAUGGCAGAAGCACUAAUAGCAUUUGUGUUGUGGGAAAGCCCUCUAAUCUUUGGCUUUAAAGUAUUGAUGCUUUCAUUUUUUUGGGCUUGUGGUUAGUACAAGACAAAAGUAAAUAAAUGACAGAAUGAGAGAGUCAUCACUGAGAUGCUUCACAACCAAGUGAUCAAAAAAUUUCAAUUUAAAUUACUUUCAUUUUAAUGACCAAUGUUAUACAUGAGGUUUUGCUUUUUGCUUUGGAUUGUCUGUCUGCUAUAAUAUGAAAAUGAACACAAACUUGCACUGAAUUUCCUGGAAGUGUCUGAAUACUAAAGUGUUUGAAACUG